UUUCAAAAGAAAAUGUUAUCUUUCAAAACAUUCAUCGUUUUACUGCCUUAUCCAGUUCAGCUGUCUAUCUAAUCACGCAAAGAGGUUAUGCUGCACAUGGAAACUACACAACACAUGUACGCUACAGUCGUCACAGCAAGAAUCUUCUUGGAAUUCUAUUGGAUGAAGAAAAGUAGUUGGAAGACCUUCAGAUGAUACUCGAUCUCAUCUGCAACAAUGGUGAAUUAAGUUAAAACCACCAGGGAUUUUAUGGCGUCUGUGGUCAAAAAAGCAGUUUGAUUAAAUUCUUACUUUGAGAAAAUGAGGAAGCUUAAACUAGGACAGUGUUUAGUUUACAGCUUUGUAGCAUUUCUGCUAUUAAAUAUGGUCAUCUUCAACAUGUGCAUUUACUACGCUUAUACAUUACUACGGACUACUUUAACCGAUUUACAAAGUGGAAGGACAUGGUGGGAAAAACUAGCUGAAUAUCCCCAAAUAAGGGAUUUAAUCCUCAAUGCCAAAGAGGGUGGCUUAAUAGCCAUAGAACAGAACACUUUAGAGAGACUGUUCAUCAUGACGCACAAUGUGCCAAAAUCAAGUACUCGUAUAAAGAAAUACACAAAAGAUCAAAGCAACAAUAUUGAACGAUAUGACACUAUAUCUUUCCUUGGUUUGGAUGUUUCCAACGCUGGGGAGGCGUCAUAUGUAUACAAGAGAAUCAUAUCACGCAAGACAUUCCCUUAUGCAAAGUUAGUUGUAGAUAUAGGAGCCAAUGAUGGCCUUCUCUCCAGCAACUCUUUCAAUUUCAUCCAAUGGGGCUGGGAUGCUGUGCUAGUAGAACCAGUAGAACAACAGUUGGAAUUAGCAAAAACAAAUACUAAAAGAUAUGUCGACCCAUACACCGAUGGAAAACAGUUAGUUAGAUUCAUAAAAGCUAUUAUAGGUACAAAAGAUGGUUAUGUCGACCUAGCAUUGACCUCUGACCCUGUAUCCAUGGAGAAUUAUGUGUUGACUGCAGGCGAAACAUUGCAUAGAAACUUUGAUGGCAUUACUUUAGUGAAAUCCAUGACUGUCAAGACAUUUAUUGAAGACUACAACAUUCCACGUGAAUUUGGUGUGCUGUCUAUUGAUGCUGAAGGACUUGGCGACAAGAUCCUACAUCAGUUUAUGGACUUAAAGGUGCAGCCUGCCUAUAUAAUAUACGAGUCCAUGCACAAUGCAGAACAUAUAGAAUCAACCGUUGAGUAUAUGGCUGCAUUCAAUUAUGAAUACAUUGGAUUCUUGGGCUGGAAUCAUAUCUAUGAAUAUCGGGGAAAGAUGUCAAAUAAUGCAGAAUUAUGAGUGGCAGAUUUAAAUUGUGAAUCACUAAUGGACAUUUGAAUGGUUGAAUUGAAUGAUUUGAAUGAAUGAAUUUCAGUAUUUUAACAAUGUUAAAAAAUAAGCGGUCAUGAAUUAUGCCACAAUAUAAUUCUGUGCAAUUGUACAUGCAUGGUCUAUUUUUACAACAAUACAAGGUUAUAGUGGCACCAAGCACCAUUGUAUCAGAUGGAACACAUCUCUUUAAGAAACACCUUUCUAUAUGCAGGCCCAUAGCAACCCCCAUG